AUGAUAGUGCAGCUUUCGCAGCAGGAGCUAGUUGACUGCGAUCACACGAGCCAAGGCUGCAAAGGCGGAUUAUCCAUCAACGCCUUCAACUAUGUCAGGCAAAAUGGCAUCACAUCGUGGCAGAACUACCCUUAUAACCCUUUUCCGCAGGAGAAUGGUACGUGCUUAGCUAGGACCACACCGCGCAUGAUCAUGAACAUGAUCGGGUGGAGCCGGCUAGAGCCGCAUAAUGAGUAUGAGCUCCUGGCGCAAGUUACCUACGCUCCCGUUGUCGUCGCCAUCUCCAUCGGAGAGAACAACACCGAGUUCGCGGAUUACCCGGGCGACAUGUACUGGGGUAGGUGCGCAACUGGGAACGAUCAGGAGCUCUUGCUUGUGGGUUACGGCCCCGACUUCUACAGUCUGAAGAAUUCUUAG